UUGUCUGCAGUGUAUUUUUGUUAUUUCUAGUUUUGUCCUAACAGCGUUUUGCUGUUAGUGUUUUUUGUUAUUGACUCUUACCUUGCUGGAUUUUCCUUAUUUGUACUUUGUAUUUUUGUUUUUGGACUCUUUUUGUAUAUUAAAUUGUUCUUUUGUAUUUUCUGCCUCCCUUGUCUGCAUUUGGGAUCCUAAAAUACUCGCCGUGUUCCACGGCCGCGCAUGACAAGAAUUCUGACUUUAUCUCAUAAUUUUGGUGUUUUUAUCUCAUAAUUAUGACUUACUGUACCGUCGGGAUAUUUUUUUUCAACGGGCUUCCAUGGAUUGAAAAGUGCAAAAAAAAAGCACCUUUUUAAGAAGGUAUUUGCCCUCUGGUGGCUCACGCCUCUAUUUGCAUGGUGUGUGCGUGUGCGCACGUCUGUUAGUGUCUAAAAUCAGCCCCGCUAAGAAGCUUUGUUGAGCUUCUUAAGGUCAAGAAAAAGGAGGAGCAAAUAAAAAGAGAGUGAAAGCGAGUGAUGAGGAGAGGAAGGUGAAAGGCUGGUCAGAUCGUAAAGUCACUCUCACACUUUAAACAGGACGCAAGAUAAAACACAGGUGAGUCCAAACUUUUAAAAAAAAGUCAGUCAUGCCUCCAUGCUACAUGCUAACGUAGCACCCUGUUUAUUUAUCCAAAAACAACCACUUGUUUGUCGCGGUGAUCGUGUUUAAUUGAGCUGAACAGUGAAUUGAAGUUGAUAACCACAUUCAGCUGAGGUGUGUACCAUCUGGUGCUGAUCCUCGCUGGAGACUUUAACCAUCAGGACCAGACCAGGCAGGUUCUCGGAGCAGCCCAAACAGGACUUGGGCCGAGCUAAGAGGCUAAAGCUGACAUUUAGAACUCUGCUGACCCUGUUUGUCUUCAACUACUCAGUGGUGCCCCCUGCGGGUAGGAUGUGGCUCUCAGGCUGUUACAAGUUGAAUGCAAUGUAUAAAGGCAUCUAUGCAGUGGCGCAGCCACCCCUGGUCACUCUCCAGCCACCCUAGUGGCCACCCCCACGUAUUAUGCCCUGCGCGGGUUUGGCCACCAUGUUGGUGAGCAGAAUCCACAAACUAUGCAUUGAAAACAUGUCCUCGGCUCACUGCUCAUCUAUUAGUUGCUCUGACAGACGCUCCCAGAGCAGUGGGGGAGCUACGGGGUGGCCAGGUGCCAUCCAGACAAUUCAGGUAUCAACUGAUUGCCACCCCAUUGUGAGUAAUGAUCUCACCUUGGCCACCCCAAUGAAACAUUUCCUGCUCCGCCACUGCAUCGAUUAUUCGUUAUUGAUCACACGGCUAUUGAUUCAUCACUGAACAACUUUGACUGUCUUUUAGUUGAAGCUGAUUGUGUAACUGGACAACCAUGAUGACACACACUGUGGAGGAUGGGGUGAGCGAGGCGCUGGCCAGCAUGGCGGAAGACGUUAGCAGCGCAGUCAGCAGGAACGUCAGUGGCGCGCACCUUCUUCACGAACUCCUGAGCGCCCCCUGGCUGCACGCCCUGCUGCAGAUUUAUGAGUGCCUGUUGGAGUUCAGGAGACUCUCGCCCCACCCCUUUCUGCCUCAUGCCUCUGGACUCGCACACGAGGUCCAGAGUGUCCUUCAAAUGGUCCAUAUUUCUUCUGCCGAGGCCUCAGAGCUUCAUGGCCUCCUCAGCUGUCCACACGUGAAGGCCCUCCUGUCUUGUCAUGACGCCGUCGCUCGGGCCGACUUUGAGCCUGUCUUACCUGCUCUACCUGACGGCCUGCCUGAGGAUGAGGAGGCCAUGAGGAUUGUUUGUCUGGUGAAGAACAAGCAGCCUCUGGGUGCCACAAUAAGGAAGGACGAGGGGACAGGAGAGAUCUUCAUCGCCAGGGUUAUUCGUGGAGGCCUGGCUGAUCGCAGUGGUCUCCUCCAUCCUGGAGAUCUGCUGCUUGAAGUCAACGGAAAACCUCUGAGUGGUCUACAACCAGAACAAGUCAUCCACAUACUGAUGAAGUCUCAGGGCACAAUCCUGUUCAAAGUGGUUCCAAAUGCGUCUCAACUGAGCAGCGGCACCAAGCCUGUCUUCAUGAGGGCCAUGGUGGACUACUGCCCCCUGCAGGACUCCUCCAUACCCUGCCCGGACGCCGGGGUGGCCUUCAGUAAGGGGGACCUGCUGGAGGUGGUGGACCGGUCAGAUGGGCAGUGGUGGCAGGCCAGGAGGCUGCCGAGCUCCGCCUCAUGCACCGGCCUGAUUCCCUCCGCCGCCAUGUUGAAGGGUGAAGUUGAGUUACCUCACAUGCUUAGGGGUCAUGGCGCCACCUGCUGCCAACCUUUUGAUAGGAUCAGUAAGACUUCUCUUCUGUUUCAGAGGAUGAACUUCAAGACAAGUACACCACAGAUGAGGAAGAAACACAUUUUGGUAGAUGAGGCGGAAUGGGACAUCCCUGAUGGGGUUUACCUGGGAGGUUUCCGGCGUAGCUUUCGUCUUUGGAGGAAGAUGCACUCAAAGAGGAGACGUCAGUCCUGCGCCUCCUGCUCGAUCAAUCGCAUCGCUUUGGCCACGCCCUAUGAGGAAGUGGUCUUGUACCGGCGCCCCCUGCAGGAGAACCAGCGCCUUGUCAUCCUCGUGGGUGCGUCAGGAGUGGGCGUGAACGAACUGAGGCAGAGACUCGUCAAAUUAAACCCUUCCACCUUCCAGGGGCCGCUGCCUCACACCAGUCGUCCAAUCAGAGCAUGGGAGCAGACGGGAAGAGAGUACCACUUUGUCACCAAGGAGCUCUUUGACUACAUGGUGUGCAACCACAGGUUUGUGGAGUACGGCGAGUAUAAGGGUCACAUGUACGGAACCAGCGUUGACGCCAUUGAUGAUGUCAUCAAACGAGGACGUGUGUGCAUCAUUGAUAUUGAACCGCAUAACGUUCCGCCUCUGAGGAGCAAGAAGCUGAAGCCCUACGUGAUCUUUGUCAAGCCUCCCAGCAUGGAGAGGCUGAGACAAACGCGGAGGAACGCUCGGAUCAUCUCCAGCUUCAAGGCCAACAGAGCUUUCACUAAGGAGGACUUUGUGGAGAUGGAGGAGGUGUCCAGACAGAUGGAGGCCAAGUACAAACAUUUAUUUGACCACAUGCUGGUGAACGACGAGCUGAUGGACACGUGUCUGAAGCUGUGCUCCGUCAUCCAGCAGGCCCAGGAGGAACCUCAAUGGAUCCCUGUCAGCUGGACCCAAGCUGAAGACUAGCGCCCCCGUCUGACAGGCAAAAAGAUCAUUUCCAGUCCAACAUUCUAAACCAUUACAUGCUCAACCACUAAAAGCUGAAGAGUAUCUUGCGCCCCCCGCAAGCUGUAAUGUGAGCAAAUGAAUUAAAGAUAAGCGCUAAUGAGCUUUUCUGUCUUCUUCUUCUCUUCACUGCUGCGCUGUCCCUCUUUGCUAAGCCGCCACUUAGCCUUCAUCGGCGCUAACAGGAUUAGCCUUUGCAUCACUGCAGUCAGCCCCGUGUUGCUACCAGAACUUCAACACAACGGAGCAUCAUUCAGAGGGAAAAGCUGAAAGAAGAGUCUGCACACAUGGAACAAAAGUGCAAUGUCAUCCAUUUUAGCCCAUUUGUGACAUUUCUCAGUCCAAGCCGGAAGCUGACCCAAGUGUAAUUCUCCAACUUCCCCGCCAGGUGGAGGAAGGGCUGUAUCCUUCAACAUCCCGACAGCGAGCAAGCAAGAUCAAAACACGUAACAAAAUAACGAAAACAACGCACUCUGGCAUGCAUACAGUUUCACGACAUUAAAACACACAAAGUACACAAAGUUGCACACAUACUGGAGUGGAAAUGUGUCAUUGCAGCAACGUAAGUGCAGGAAGUGUGUGGACAACAUCUUAACCUCACUUUCAUUGCAUCUUUGGUCUUUUCUUGCAUCUCCUGGUUUCUGCUUUUCCUCCACCGCUUGUAUUUCUCUGCAAAUCCUUUGAGUUCAAAAUGAUAUGCAGAAUGUAGAAGUACAGUCGUCCUUCCGCUUUGUGGUUCGAAUUUCACGGCUUCACUCUAUCACGAUUUUUCAAAAUAUGCACUACUGGUCAAAAGUUUUAGAACAGCCCAGUUUUACCAGUUAUUUGCUGAAAUUCAAGUCCAACAAAUGGCUGGGAAUGGUUCAAAGGUACUGCAAGUGGUGAAGUGCCAGAGGUUAAUAAAAAGGGUAAGAUUACCCAAAACUGAAAAAUAAUGUGUAUUUCAGAAUGAUACAAAAAGGCCUGAUUCAGGGACCACAAAAUGGGUCAACAGUUUAAAGCCGUUCUGCAGAAAUGGAGGUUGAUCGAGCCUUGGCAGUUGGCGCAACUCAUCACUUCCUACAGGUGGUCCAAGUUCCGGAGUACUUCCUACGUCCAAUGACGACGCAACUGAACACAAAAUGCAGUUUUUAAAUGAAACUUUUUAUUAUUAAGGGCAAAGAAAAAAUCCAAACCUACAUUACAAAAGAACAUCAUAGCAACAGUAAAAUAUGGUGGUGGUAGUGUGAUGGUCUUCAGGACCUGGAAGACUUGCUGUGAUAAAUGGAAGCAUGAAUUGUGCUGAAGGAGAAUGUUGGUGACCUCAAGCUGAAAGCAACUUGGGUUCUGCAGCAGGACAAUGAUCCAAAACACACCAGCAAGUCCACCUCUGAAUGGAUGAAGACUUUGGAGUGGUCUAGUCCAAGUCCUGACCUGAAUCCUAUUGAGAUGCUGUGGCAUGACCUUCAAAAGGAAAAGCCUCCAAUGUGGCUGAAUGACAACAAUUCUGCUAAAUUCCUCCCCAGCGCUGGAAGAGACUCAUUGCAGGUUGAUUGCAGUUGUUGCAGCUAAGGGGGAGGGGGCUAAUAUUUAUGUUUCAGAUCAAACAAAUUUUAAUAAGUGUGACAAAUGUGAAAAAAAAUCAGGAAGGGGAAAACGCUUGUUCACACCACUGUAUUUUAUUUAUAUAUUGAUUUACUGGAACAGUGCAUAUGAAUAAACAUUUCUGUGCAUAUUCAAGUGUUAGCCAAAAGGCUAUUUUUCACCUGAAGGCCCUAGUCCAUCGGAAAUUUGAUCUGCUCCUUUGUUAAUAGUGUUUAAGUGACAUGGGCCAGCAUCCUGAUUCUGAAGGCCCUGGGCAGAGUGCAUUGACAUGGCAACACAUAGAAGCUGAAAUCUGAUUGGAGAAAAAAAACAAAGCUACACGAACAAUUCUGGAAGCAGUGCGGCCCGGAGACAUGCUACCAAAUGAAGAUAAUGCACUGUUGAGAACAAAUA